AUGGCCACGCUGAGCGUGAAGCCAGGGCAGCGCUACUCCGUGCCAGACUGGCACACCAACUCCCAUCUCAUCUCAGCUGAUGCUGAGCGCCAGCGCUCUGCUUCCCACCAAGUCCGGCAGGAAGCCAGGGCCCUCCGCAAUGAAACCAACAGCCAGACGGAAUGGGAUGAGCACGACAACCGAACCCGGCUGGCUGAUCGUAUCAGCAGUGUGAACAGAUGGAAGGAGAAGCUGGACAAAUGCCUCGCAGACAUAGAUGCAGAAAUCGAUGCCUUAGCCAAAGUGAAGGAGGCAGCAGAACGUGCCCUGCAGGCAAAGAACUUGUCUUUGGAUGUGUCCAUCGAGUGCCUGACGCUCCGGGAGAGUCGCCGUGCCAUCGAUGUGGUGAGAGACCCUGUGGAGGAGGAGCUGCACAAGGAGGUGAAGAUGAUCAACAAAGCCAAGAGAGAACUGCAGGAGAAAGUGACCGAAGCCUUCCAGCAGCUCUGCCACUUGCAGGAGGCUCGCCAGCGGCUGAGCUGUGACCACCGGCACAAGAUGGAAGCCCUGGAAAUCGACCGUGUGUGCUUGUCCCUCAACGUGAACUCUCCCAACAUCUCCUUCAAAGUCAACCCAACACGGAUCCCAGGCGGGACAACUACACUUGGUGAGUGGGAACAGCACAGCCGAGACAACAAGGAGCAUGCCGAGGCAGAAAUGAAAGCCUCCAGCCAGCUCCGAGAGGCAGCAGUGCUGACCAUUGCCCAGACAAACAAUGAACUGGAGGCUCAGCGCGUGGCCACUGAGUUUGCCUUUCGCAAGAGGAUUAGGGACAUGGAGAGAGCCUACGAUGAGCUGAAGUGGCAGGAGCAGAACACCCUUGAGGAAAUUGCUGAGCUGGAGGAGGACAUCCGGCGCUUGGAGGAAGAUCUUCGGCGCAAAGCACAGGAUCUGAAAGUGGCACACACCCGCCUGGAGACCCGCACCUACCGUCCUGAGGAGGAGCUCUGCAGGGACCAGGCCCAGUAUGGGCUGACAGAUGAAGUCCACCAGCUGGAGGCGACCAUCCGUGCGCUCAAGAAGAAGCUGGCAGAGUCACAGGAUGCUUUGGAUGCUCUUUACAGGCAACUUUAUCGCAUUCAGACUGAUCUUGGCUACAAAGCCAAUUCCUUAGUACUGGACAACAAGUGCAUGGACAGCCGGAGAAAACUUGUGGUUCCUGCUGAGAAAUUUGUGCCAGAGGUUGACACUUUCAACCGAACCACGAACCGUGAGCUGAAGGACAAGCAACUAGAGGUGGCUUAA